AGAGAACGCUAUUCUAGAGGUUGCUUUAACAUUUGGGUGGGCCCUUCUUUCCCAUCUCCAGUUGACAUUCCUCCAGGCUGAGCCAUCCGAGAUUCCGGUGGGCCCUGAGCUUUGGCACCAUGAGGUCCAUCCUCCUGUUUUAGCACCAACUUCACUGUAAUUGUUUCUUUUAGCCCAUCUAAACAGUCACUCCGACAGGUCUGCUCUUCUGACAAGUUGGUAUAUGCGUCUCCAGAGCACGAAGGAGAUGGGACAGGACCAGACCAAGCAGCAGAUAGAAAAAGGACUCCAAUUGUAUCAGUCCAGUCAGACAGAAAAAGCCCUUCAAGUCUGGUUGCGGGUUUUGGAAAAGAGCACGGAUGCAGCUGGCAGGUUUCGAGUCCUGGGAUGCCUCAUCACGGCUCACUCGGAGAUGGGCAGGUACAAAGAUAUGUUAAAGUUUGCAGUCAUGCAGAUUGACACUGCCCGAGAACUGGAGGAUCCUGACUAUCUUACUGAGAGCUACCUGAAUUUGGCACGGAGCAACGAGAAGCUCUGUGAAUUCCCCAAAACCAUCUCCUAUUGUAAGACCUGCUUGAACAUGCGAGGUACAACGUUGGGCCUCCAAUUAAAUGGUCAAGUCAACCUCAGCAUGGGCAAUGCCUAUCUUGGCCUCAGUGUCUUCCAAAAAGCUCUGGAGUGUUUUGAGAAAGCGCUACGAUACGCACACAACAAUGAUGACAAGAUGCUUGAGUGUCGUGUCUGUUGCAGUCUAGGAAAUUUCUACACACACCUCAAAGACUAUGAAAAAGCUCUGUUUUUCCCAUGCAAGGCAGCAGAGCUAGUGAAUGAUUAUGGAAAGGGCUGGAGUUUAAAGUACCGAGCAAUGAGCCAGUUCUACAUGGCUGUAGCCUAUCGGAAGCUGGGGCACUUGCCAGAUGCUAUGGAAUGCUGUGAGGAGUCCAUGAAGAUUGCCCUUCAGCAUGGAGAUCGUCCUUUGCAAGCACAGUGCCUGCUUUGCUUUGCUGAUAUCCACCGCAGCCGUGCAGAUGUUCAGACAGCUUUUCCCCGCUAUGAUUCCUCCAUGAACAUCAUGACUGAGAUUGGAAACCGUCUGGGACAAGUUCAGGUGCUGCUUGGUGUAGCCAAGUGCUGGCUGAUGCAAAAGGACCUCGACAAGGCAUUAGAAAAUACUGAGAGGGCUCAUGAGCUGGCAGAGGGAGUAGGAAACAAACUUUGUCUGCUGAAGAUUCAUUGCCUCUGUGAAGGGAUCUAUCGUACAAAGGGUCAGCAGAGGGAACUCCGUAAUCACGUGGUGAAGUUCCACGAAUGCGUUGAAGAAAUGGAACUCUACUGUGGCAUGUGUGGUGAAUCCAUUGGUGACAGAAACCACCAGCUCCAGGCAUUGCCCUGCUCCCAUGUCUUCCAUUUAAAGUGCCUGCAAACUAACGGAACACGAGGUUGCCCCAACUGCCGGCGUUCAUCAGUUAAACCAGGGCUUGUGUGAUCUGCUAAUGAAUUGAUCACUUAAGAACAUUCAUCCAGUAGGUGUGAAAAGACAAAGCACUGGAGCAAUUAUGUCACGUGAUCUAGAGAUGAAACCCAUCAUAUAGAUACAAAAUCUCCUGCAGAAUUGAUGGAAAAUGCAGGCCUAGAUCUUUGUCGUGACUUUCCACACAUCUGAGUUGUGAAUCUCUUCCAGGAAUUCUAUAUCACCUCCUUUUUCAAAACUACCUACUACAAUAAGCCACCUUUGCUCCUUCAACAACUUGUUAGCUUGACCUUCCACAAUCUCAAUUUGAUUUUGAUUUUAAUUUUCUGCUUCUUUUGAUAGCUUCCUUCAGGGCCAACUCCGACACUCAUACUUCACUUCUUUUUAUUCAUUCCUCAUGGGAAGCAUACUGAUCAUGCCUACAUAAUGCUUCUUGGACUGGCACAGUAUUGCUUUCUUGUAGGCAUGGUGACAGCUACUCUGUUCCAGACAUUGCUUGAAAUUACUUCAACUUAACAUUCUGACUUAUGUUUUUCGUAAUUUAUAUUGGUACCUAACACACGUUAAUGCUUUAAAACAACUACUUAGCCAUUCAUAAUAUGACGUUUUCCAUUGGCAAAGAACAUUUCCCAACCUGAUGCUCUCCAAAUGAUUUCUAGAAUGUUUGGGUAGCCUGGGAAAUCUGGGAUUGAAAAUCCAAAUUGUCUGGAAGGAACCAGAUUGGGCAACUAAUAUGUCAGAGUCAAGAGACUGAUGUCCCACCUGCCUCUUAGCAAUGUGACUCUUUCAGUAUGUCUCUAUUUUCAGUGUAUAGGAUCCUUCAGUUCUUCUGAAAGUAUCUGAUACAUUUAGUUUGCUUAUAUUCUCACAGAACAUUCAAUUUUUACAUGGGACUGGGGGAACGGGGGACUCUUACAGUGUCCCAGGGAGUGUUUGUUGCCUUGUAUUCCUUUCCCGUCAUCUUGUAAUGUUAUAUGGGCAGUGAUGGAAUUGUCAGCAAUAUAUUUAUACUUUCUGUAAACGGUUUAUACUGGAAUAAAUAAAACCAUAGCCUAGAAGCCAGUGUUUUCUAAAGCUGUAGCUAUGUUUUCAUCUUUUAGAAACUGCAGAAAAAAAGAAAAAAGAUGACUAAGUAAUAUAGGUAUUAUUAGUGUCACACUGACCAAAAACACAAAUCAUAACAUCCUGUAAAGAAGUUGUUUUAGGAGAGUGGGAAGAACAUUACAAUAAAUUAUAAAUGUUUGUUGUGGGAGAUAUAUAUAUAUGAGUGAUGGUAUGAGUAAUCUGAAAGAUGGCCCAAAGGCACUAGCAGAGAAAGGUCAAGGAUGGAUGUUUGUAUGCCCAUCAAGAUAAAGGCAAAUUUAGAACCUACAAUAUUCUAGGGUGCCAGAAUAGUUCAUAGAAUUAUAUAUUGGAGGGAUACAAGCAGGAUUCAAGAAGGUGGAUGUUGGAGGAAGGAGUGUGGGAAAUAGUAGGGGCUCAACAGAAGGAAGGAAUAUAAAGGAAAUGAGAAGUAUGAAAUAAAAGCAGAAGUGAAUUGAAGCAACUCUGAUAUAAACGGUCAAGGAUAUAAAUAGGAGAUAGAAAGGUAAAAAUUACAGCUUUAGAAGGGAAUACAAAAUUAAGAGAAUAAAAGAGUUAAUAAACCAUAGAUUACUUUACCUAGUUUGAUUCAAGCUAAACUGUUGGCCUCAUAAAUAAAGGUAUGGUAUCAUUUCAGGGAUAUUAAGAUAAAAAUAAGAGUAUAGAGAAAAUCUAGAAAUCAAAAAUACAAAAUUACAUAUUAUAAAGAACAAAUGUAUGAAAGAUAAUAAAGUAAAAGCUAUGGAAUGAGCUAUAGACUAAUGAUUAAAGUGUAGCUGAAAAGGUAUAGCUAAAGUUUUACUUGGCAGAUACUCAUCAAUUUGUUGGAAAUCCAUCCCUACUGUAGCUGAGUUGUGGAUGAAGAUCUGUCAACAUCUAUGCCACGUUUACUCAAGCCCAAAACUGCUCUAACAGAUAUACUCACUUUUCUGAUUCUUGAUGUCUAACAAUAUACAAUUCUCAUUAUUGGGAAAGGGGGAGAACAUACAUCAGCCACUACCUAUAAAAAGCUUUGCCUCUUGUCUAAUGAGUCGCUGUGUUUGUUUUGCCUAAGUUUGUACCAAUCCUAAACUAUAACAACCUUAGUAAGGCUCCCCUUAUUCAUAAUAAAGAGAACCUAGUAAUUUGCACAAACAUUCUAGGAUAUUUUCUAAUUCCAU